ACUCGGGAGCCGCGUGCGCCCAGCUCCGGCAGCCCGUUCGGUCGCGCGCGCACCGACGGAAGCUCAAACUCGAAGCAGUCGCGGGCGGCGAGUCGAGCAAGCAGGAUCAUGGCCACGUCGCGAGCAGGGCUGUUGUUAGUGUGCGCCGCCGCCGUCGUCAGCUCUGCGCACGACGUCACCACGACGGACGACUCUUUCCGCAACCGGAAUGCGGCCGUAGAAGCUGACAAGAAUCACUGGUACCAGGAGGCAGCCAAGGGCAUUGGGGAGCGGCUGGCGCGUCAGCCCAACUGUGGGCCGUGCGCGCAACGUGGUGCUCUUCCUGGGUGACGGCAUGGGCAUCCCCACGGUGACCGCGGCGCGCAUCUACAAGGGCCAACGGCUGCACAAGACGAGCGGCGAGGAGCAGAAGCUCUCGUGGGACCAGUUCCCGCACCUCUCCCUCUCCAAGACCUACGGCCUGGACGUGCAGACCUCGGACUCGGCGAACACGGCCACCGCCUACCUCUGUGGCGUCAAGGCCAACGUCGAAACACUCGGCGUGGACUCUCGCGUCAAGAGCGGCGUCUGCCACAACGACACGAGCAAGCACUUGCCUAGCAUCAUGCAGUGGGCACAGGAUGCCGGCAUGUGGACGGGUUUCGUGACCACGUCCAAGGUGACGGACGCCACGCCUGCUGGAAGCUACGCGCACUCGGGCCACCGCGACUGGGAAGCAGUAGUGCCUGAAAGAUGCCACGCCGAGGACAUCGCCUACCAGCUCAUCCAUCGCAAUCCCGGCGCCGGCUUCAAGGUGAUCCUUGGUGGUGGAAGGAAGAUGUUCCGUGCCACCCAAGACGAGGAAGGCAAAGAUGGCAUGCGCAAGGAUGGCAAAGACCUGAUCAAGGACUGGCACGAGGCUAGGUCCAAAAUGGGAAAUGCCAGCUACGUGUGGAACCGUCAGCAGCUGCUCUCUGUCAUGCCAGGAAAGACUGAGUUCCUGCUCGGGAUCUUCGACAACGACCACGUGCCCUACGUGAUCGAGCGCAGCACUCCUGACUCCACAAAGCCCACCCUGCCGGAGAUGACCAGAGUCGCUGUGGAGAUCCUUAAGAAAGCGCCCAAGGGGUUCGUGCUGCUCGUCGAAGGAGCGCGCAUCGACAUGGCCCACCACAAAAGCAAGGGUGGAUCGGCCCUGGAAGAAGCCCUGGAGUUCGACCAGGCCGUUCAGGAGACGCGCGACACGCUCAAGAUGGACGACUCCCUGCUGGUGGUGACGGCCGACCACUCUCACACGUUCACCAUGGGCGGGUACCCGAAGAGAGGCACCAACAUCCUCGGUAUUGCUGGGUAUUCAGACGUCAACCAUCUGCCGUUUACUGUCAUCACCUAUGGAAAUGGCCCUGGUUUUUCAACCUCCAAAGAAAACUUCACCAACGAAGAAGUUGCGAAGCCCGACUACGUGCAACGGUCGGCCUUCCCGCUCAAGCAGGAGACCCACGGUGGCGAGGACGUGGCGGUGUACGCCACGGGGCCGUGGGCGCACCUCUACACCGGCGUUCAUGACCAGUCGUACAUCCCCCACGUGAUGGCGCACGCUGCCUGCAUCGGCCGCUUUAAGGGCGACAAGUGUGCCACGCCCGAUAAAACUACGGGUACCGGCGCAGCCGCGAUCCCGGCGGCUCAGCUGUUCGCCGUGAUUGCCUCGGCGCUCGGCGCCCUCCUGCUGCGGUGACCCGACUAAGGACUGCUGUCUCCGCCCUGACGACGUUUCUUUUCGCCGUGUGCGCCUGCAUGUAUUUGGUUGCCUCUGGCGGUCACGCAUUUGAAGCGUGGGUCGCCAGAAGGCAGAACGAGGGAACAAAACGAGGAUAGUCGGCGGCGCGUUAUUUUGUGCAAGUUGUGACCGGCAUUAAGUGGCCGAAUAUCUAUAUUCCUGACUUAUUAUUACGGCAAGUUUAUAACAGUACUACUUAAAUGGUAAUGGUACGGUAACACUGACAACAGCGAGGUGGCUGUGACGACAUGUUUGCCGUUUGUAAGGCAUGUUUGCCGACGUUAAUUGGGUGCGGCAAAAGGCGGGCAAAAAAAGUGUCCGUAAUACCCGACAUCCUAGUGUUUCGAAGAUGG